AUGAGUUCCUCUUAUGCAACUAGAGCCUUCUAUGCCAAUAAUCGUGGUUAUAACGAUGAUAAUUACAAUGACGAUGGUUAUGGUAGUGGAACUGGUAGCUCUGUAGACAGUGAUGCUUAUAAAAUAGCAUAUGACGGUAACGAUAGAAGUAAUUCUUGGGAAAGCGGCAACAUUCCCAUCGCCGAGAUCUUCUGGUCCCUGAUCGACAAGGCCGACCGCAAGUUCUCCAAAGUCCGCGAUCUCCCCAACUACGCCCGUAACCGAAAUGACUCCGACUUCCACAAGGCCUUCAAGAUCUACACGCAGCUCUGGAAGCUGCAGCAAGAGAACCGCCAGAAGCUAGUAGAUGCCGGCCUCAAGCGAUGGGAGAUCGGCGAGAUCGCUUCGAGGAUUGCUCAGCUGUACUAUGGGCAGUACCAGAGGACGAGCGAUUCUGGGUAUUUGUCGGAGGCGUUUGUGUUCUACGAGGCUAUCUUGAGCAGGGAGUACUUUAGAGGGGAGGGAUUAGGGUUAGGGCAAGGGCAGCAGGAAUUGGGGCUGAUGAACAAGCAGAUGAGGUUCUUGGCGAGGUUUCUCACUGUUUGUUUGGUGAUUGGGAGGAGGGAGAUGGUGAGUCGGCUUGCUGGGCAGCUUAAGGGGUUAGUUGAUGAGUGCAAGAAGAAUUUUCAGGAAACAGAAUUUAGAGAGUGGAAGCACGUGGUUCAAGAAAUAAUUCGAUUUCUGAAAGCCGAUUCAUCUUUCAUGAAUAUGAGGCCUUUAAGAUACUGUUUUGCCUAUGACACUCAUCCGGACUCUCUUCUGAGUGCUGUUCCCUUCAAUGGUAAGAGGCGCCUAGUUUUGCGUGAUGCAAUCUUGAGCAGUUAUUAUCAUAAUGAGGUCAAAUUUACGGAGCUCACUCUCGACACUUUCAGAGUGCUCCAGUGUCUCGAGUGGGAGCCCUCUGGUUUCUUCUCUCUGAAGGGUGGUGCUGACAAUAGCCAUAACGGAAUAGGCCCUAAUCGCCUCAGCCCAUUGCAAGAUAUUAGAGAUCCUACCCUCCCACCAAAUCCACGGAAAGUCAUUUUGUAUCGUCCAUCUGUCACCCAUUUGCUUGUGGUUCUUUCCACUAUAUGUGAAGAGCUUCCUUCUGAUGGAAUCUUGUUAAUAUACCUCUCAGCAGCAGGAGAUUGUGGAGUUAAUUAUCCUACAAAGCUGAGUUCUGGAAUUUCUCAAAAUGCUGCUGAGAAAAUUGUACAGGGCUCUGAUCUGGAUGCAGUCUCUCCUUCGAGCUCUCCAGUAAAUAGUCCCCCAGUGAUUUCUUCACAUAAGGAUGAUGAUAAAGGCAGUAAUGAAGGUUACUUGUGGUUGGGUUCUCGUGGAUCCAAAGGUGUUUAUUAUCAGGGCUCAAACUAUUUCUAUCCAUGUGAUUUGAUCCCAUUUACUAGAAAGCCCCUUUUCCUGGUUGUUGACAGUAACAAUAGUUGUGGAUUCAAGGCUAUACAUGGGGAAGAGAAAGGAGAGACAGCAAUCAUGCUCCUUUCUCCAAUCUCUCGAGCUCCAUCAAUGGUUGCUUCCACUGAUUCCACACGCUAUCAGCAUGGAAGCCAGUUUACUAUGUUCCUAACAGCUCCGGUUCAGGCUUUUUGUCUUUUAGUUGGUAUGUCUGGCAUGGACAUUGACAAGGAUACAUAUGAUAAGGCUGAGAAGCUAUUUUCAUUGUCAUUGAGUGAGUGGGAAAAAGCUUUGGUGUCAUCUGAUUCUCUCCAUCCUGUUUGGGAUGAAGUCUUGGCUGAUCCUUUCUUGAGGCGACUUGUUCUUAGGUUUAUAUUUUGUCGAGCAGUUCUUGCACUCUAUUCACCGACCUACAACAGAGAAGAAUUCCUUCCCUCUUGCUUGCCCCAUUUGCCUGCAUCUGUUAGCCCAGAUGACCCAAUCUCUCAGUCUGCAGUCCUGAGACUCGCUGGCUUCUUUGGUGCUGCCGAACAUUUUUCCUUCUCUCAAGGAAUUUCUGUAGCCGAGGGCACCAAUGUUGAAGUAUUAUCCGCUGCGACAGUCGGUUCUUCAGAUACUCCGGAAUCUCACUCAUUGGAGGAUAAGAAUCACUGAGAUACAGAAACUUGCUGCUGUGGACGUGGGAAAAUUUGGAAAUACUUGUUGUUUUCUGUGAAAUCCACAGCAUGAUAUAUACAUGUAAACCUAAUGGUAAUGCUAUUGUACCUUGCUACUCUAGACUUAGGAGAUGAAAUUUGUGAUGUCAAUUGAAUUCUUACAAGAAAGAAGUUUGCGUGUGUGCGCGCGAAUUUUGAAAUUGAUU